UCUAAACUAAACGCAAACGUCAAACGUGUGUGUGUGGUAGGAGAAAUAGAUAAAUUAUUUUAUCAAUAAUUCUGAUAGUUUUUCUAAUAACUUUUUGAGUAGAUUGACUUUUUAUUCAGUGAGGCGAAUAUUUUAAUAUUCAAAAUUUCGGUCCUACGAGAAUUAUUAAGAAGAAUCAUGAGUGAGGACAACGGAGACGGUAGAGCGCCCGCUCCGCCAGCCGGUGGAGGAGACAGAGUUGGGGUUAUACAAGCGGUGGCCGUGGACCCGGCCGGCGCCCCCGCCGCCGCGGCCGACGCGAUCGAAGAUGAUACUGACGAGGAAGAACAGCAUUUCGACAUCACACUUGCAGCUUCACAUUCGUACAUGGGCCCAGGGCUGGUGGCGGUGGGCGGGCGCUCAGUGCGCGAGGCGGGCUGGCGCGGCCGCGUGCCCGUGUUGGCGCACCACGGCGCCGUGUUCCCGGGCGAGACCGUGCCCAUGCGGCUGCCCAACCCACAUGACGCCUCCCUUUUGGCCAGGGCUAUUAAGCAGGACAAGCUGUUUGGACUUCUGUGCCCCGACGAGAGCGGCACGCUGGUGUCGGGCUACGGCGCGCUGUGCGAGGUGUUCGAGGCGCAGGAGACGCCGGACACGCCGCUCAGCCUCGCCUUCAAGGCGCGCGCCAGCCAUCGCUUCCGCAUCAAGGACAUGCCCAAGCAGAAGGUGCCCAUACACAUGUACAACAGGAUGCGUGUGGUGGAGGUGGUGGUGCUGCCGGACCAGCAGCCGGCGCCGCCGCUGCGCCGCGCGCGGCUCACUGCGCUCGACCCGCUGCGCGCGCGCCCGCACACACACAAAGUGGCCGCGCUGGUGCGGCGGCUGGACGCGGGCGCGACGCCGUGGCCCGCGUUCGUGUACCACAUGUUCCACUACCGCCACAUGCGCGGACUCAUACAGGACUACUUCCACAACGUCAUGGGACAAGAUUUGUUUUCACAAAACCUCAAGAGACAGUCCAGCGGCACGAGAGUGUCUCGGCCCGAGAGCUCCGCCGACGUUCCCGCUAGCAAUGACAAGCUGCCGGAGGACCCGGUGUCGCUGUCGUUCUGGACGGCGUCCAACCUGCCGCUGGCGGCGCGCGAGCGGCUGCGGCUGCUGGCCGUCGACGACGCGCUGCUGCGGCUGCACAUGGAGCUCGGCUACAUCGCCAGGAAAAGCGUGCUGUGCUGCGCGUCGUGCGCGAGCGACAUCGCGCGCCGCGAACACAUCUUCGCCAUGUCCAGCGAGGGCGUGCACUCCAACUACACUAACCUCGGAGGGUACAUGCACGACCUCGUGACGGUGUCGCAGGCGACCAACACGGAGCUGAGCGGCGCGCCGUCGGCGGAGUUCUCGUGGUUCCCGGGCUACCGCUGGACUGUGGCGCUCUGCGGCGGCUGCAUGGCGCACGUCGGCUGGAGGUUCGACGCGAUGAAGCGCAACCUACGCCCGCAACAGUUCUACGGCCUCUGCCGCAACUACGUCCAACCGCGGAUAGAGGAGCGCGACUCCGAGUCGGAGGAAGCGAUGGACGAGAGCCCGGCGCGAGCGCCCGUCCUCUGAAACUCGAGCUGCGGUUCUCUUUCUGACGCGAUCUCUUUGGACUAUAGACGUUUGGAAAUGCGCCGAGCGUGUCACGUUAGGCGAUUUGGAAACGCGCCAUUCGACCUAAUUUGAUACGAUUGGCGCGAUUUUUCGCAGUCAAUGUGGAAGUAAACGAUGAACUGUUGAGACUGGCGGGUUAUUGAGACUGAGAAGGUGCGGUAUGCCUGUGUGGAUGGUUAAAUUCGAUUGUUUGUUUCAAGCGCUUAUUUUAAGUAAUUAUCUCAUCUUGAUAUUGCUCAACUAUCGAUAUAAAUAAAGCGAUGGCACAUGUGAAAAUGAGAUAAAACUACCUAUUAUAUUUAUCAUACCAAUAAUUACGUAUUAACAAAGAUUAAGUUGUAUAAUAUCUAAGAGUGUAUUUAUUUAUUUUAAAAAAUGUUAAAGACUAUUUUAGAAUUGCCAAAACGUUGGUAUUAAGCGUGUCACAGGUGGACAUAUAACUUAUAACAAGGAAAAUUACUAUACGUCAUGCUAUUUGGAUUAGCAAGACAUAUCGUCAUAUGCCUUAUUAAAAGCGUUAUAAAUUACACCAGUCUUUAUGUAAGGGAUUUAAUGGAAUGUUUUAUUACUAGUAUUUGUUUGAAUAAGACUUUACAAAAAAUAAUGUAACGGCAUUUACGGCCUUCACUCCCACCGCACUACGAGCCGGUGGUAACCAGCUGGUGGUGCCGCGGACGCCACACAAAGCAUUAUAUUUUAUUAUUGUGUUAUGCCCCAGACAUACUUGAGCCGCGAACAUUUAUGAAACGUGAGGCUUCUUUGGUGAUCUUAGUAUUCGCACGAGUCACGACACGGUGUGCGGCUCGAAUCUAAUAGAAGUAAUACCCAUAAAUGUAUAGAUAUCUCUACAAGAACUCAGAUCUACAUUAGUAUUAAAAAUCAGAUCAAGAUUGAGGUCAAACGCACACAAGUCUAACAAUAUGUAAUUACAAAAAUUACAUAAAAAUGUACGAGACACUCGACCCCAAAUAAACUGGGAGAAGGGGUGGAGAUAUUCAUAUACAUACUACAAGGACUCAAGUAUUCACGGGUUUAAGUAUUUUGUGCACACAGAUUAUAGAUAAUAAUGUAUUUGUAUUUUAGAUUUAUAUGUACAUGUAAAAGUUAUCCAAUUAUCUUUUCCGCGAUUAUGUUUUAUACCCUAUGCAUUAAUUGUGUGUGACAUAUUUUGACUAGUUUUUUCAUAAAAAGCAAAGACAAGAUGCUUUAAAUUUAAUAUUUUUAACAAAACUUUGGUUAAAACUUCGACAUAUGUUCGACGUUACACAUACGUCGAUCGUCGUCGUCGAUAUUUGCAGUUGAGUAGUAUUUGCAAACUCGAAGUGAGAUAGCAGUCACUACUCCUAGAAAUCUUUUAUUAUGCAUAUUGUACCACUUAUAUAGAUUUACCAAUGAUUUCUUACCAUCAUUGUUACCCAAUUAAGUUAAUAAAAUAUAUUGUUGAGACAA